UAUAUGACUUUGUUGGCGGAGAAACCAGCGCUCUAUAAAAACAGUAUCGCAACGUGCUGCAGUUGUACCACUAUAGCCAGCAAAGACGUCUCGCGCCAUCUGUAGGCACCAGUCAAUGUUAGGUCAACCACUGUCCGUCCCUCAAUAACACUCGUUAUCAUCGGCAACUCGGGAGCUACUAGGUAUUUCCAAUUGUGUCCGGAACACCUCUUUAGAUAUUGUUCUCUUAACUUACAUGCUAUUUUUCACAAAACACUAAACCGACAUAAUGCAGUGCUUCUCUUGAACUCCAGAAGUGGACACAUAUCUCCGAUAGAAACGUCCCCUGACAGUCUAUAUGCUGAUGUGCUGGAUGAUAAUAUUGUGCUAUACCAAAUUUCAGAAAUAUAAAAAUCGGAUUGCUAAGCUGUUACCUUGCCCUCUGCUAAUUUGUGUAAAAUGAGUAGCACAUGGUACCCAAUUAAAAUGGAUGUAUUACCCAAUACGGACACCACAAAUAGUGAUUCUCAGGUGUUUUCUAUGAGCCCCGAGGACCUUAUGGCACGUGGAAUUUGGAUGGCGUGGUAUGACUGUAAUAAUACAGUCUUAUCACAACCCUACCCUAGCGACGGUGGUCUGUACUGUAAUGCUACAUUUGAUGGCUGGGAUUGUUGGAACUUUACAUCUGUAAGAACCAGGGUCUAUCGUGAUUGUCCUUCCUUCCUCCGGCAUAAGUAUGGCAGUCCUACAGGCCAAGCGUUCAAGGAUUGUCGUGAAGACGGGACGUGGCUCACACAUCCUGACACUGGGCGGACAUGGACAAACUAUACAUUGUGUGCCAGCAAUAAAGAGACUCUACAGAAAGUCAUUAGUACAUACUACAGUGGCUACGCCCUCUCCGUCAUCCUCUCCACGGCUGCUCUCCUUAUCUUCUCCUAUUUCCGACAACUCCAUUGUAGCCGGGUGACUUUGCACAAAAAUCUGUUCAUCACAUACAUUCUGUCCGGGGUUGCCUGGAUGCUCAUGUUUGCCCUGAUGGACAAUCCUGUCUUUGUCAAAGAAAAUAAGCCAUGGUGUCAGGCGCUGCAUGUACUGACACAAUACCUGACGCUGUGUAACUAUUUCUGGAUGUUCUGCGAGGGUUUCUAUCUUCACACACUUAUCGCCGUCGCCUUUACCAAUGACAAGCGUCUCCUAAUCAUCUGCUACGUCAUAGGAUGGGUCGGUCCACUGAUACCUACUGCGGUGUAUGCAACAGUCCGAGGAUCUAAACCUGAACUGCGUCAUGGGUGCUGGUCAAGUACAACUAACGAAAACUGGAUUCUCACUGGACCUGUCUUGGUAUCCCUAGUGGUAAACUUCCUGUUUUUACUGAACAUUUUACGGAUUUUGCUGUCUAAAUUGCGAGCAGUGAAUUCCAACGAAGCCCAUCAAUCAAGACGUGCAGCACGUGCCACGCUUAUUCUUAUUCCACUGCUGGGUCUACAGUACUUUGUCAUCCCAUUUAAGCCGGAUACCGCUUCUAAAAUAUAUGACAUCACUUCUGCUGUGCUUACGUCGUAUCAGGGGGUGUUAGUGGCCCUAUUUUUCUGUUUCUUUAAUGGCGAAGUUGUCAAUGUUGUUCGGCGAAAGUGGAAAAUAAUGAGGGAGAGAUUAGGCAAUGUGGAUAUGAAGCGCAGCAAUACAUUUAACGUGAGUCUGCUAGAGACGACCUAUGUGCCAAGGACCAUGUCUGCGUCUGCUUCAUUUAACCGGAAAUCAGAAGAAGGAAUAUCAGCAAAGGACUGUCCUGGUCUGUGCAAGACUGAUGGUGACCUACCUUGCAUACCAGUGGAGCAAACCAAGCUUGACAACGGCGAUCAAUGAACAGUCAUUACCACCUAAGCUAAUCAAUUAUAGAAACUACUUCGGAACAUUUAUGCUGCUUAUUUAUAAAUAUCAUAUAGUAAAUGAUACUUCGCCUUGCUACUGUACUGUAACAAAAUCCUUUUAUGAAUAAUGAAUGUUAAUCAAUUGUAUCAAGGUCACAACAAACUACAUAUUUCGUAAAAAUGGCUGUCCAGUUCGAAUCGCGACAACCGGACAAAAGAGUUUUGAUGAUGACCUUUAAAUUCAAGAACAUAAAUAUUUCAAUUAAAAUAAUCCUAUGUUUAAUUUUUGGAUGGUAAAUGUGUUGCGUAACCAUAUCUUUGUCUUAAGAAUACUUUUUGGUCAUCAGCUAAUGAUGGACUAUUUUCAAACAAACCAUUAGACUUGUACAAGUUCUUGUGACUGAAGACAAGGAUUAAAUUCACCGCCUUCUAAAAUCGUUUCAGUUCAAGUUGAUUGUUUCUCAAAAGCAACUAAAUUCAUCGCCUCAUUAAAUCGUUCGUAGUACAUGUUGAAUUUGUUUAAUCCUGAUAUGCCCACUUCUUUUAGAAGAUAAAAAAGUGUCUUCCUAUUUCACAAAAUAUUGUAGUAUUGUGUGGCGGAAUAUCAUCCAAAAUGGUAGUCAAUAUGUCCAUUCAUCAUUUGUGGAGGAAGAAGGCAGGAUUUGAUUUACACAUAUGUAUUUUUAACGGAUAAUUUAAAAACUGCAUAGGUAUAAUAAUGGCCACACGACCCGAGACAAGUUCGUUAACCGAAACGGUUUGCCGAAACAGUUUUUGCGCAAUUAACAGUCAUUUUA